GAGGACGACCUGUCUCAGGAAACAUACCAACAAAUUCCACGUACGGUGCUAGAUACGCGUCCUUUUAUAAGAAACCCAGCUUUCAUCAUUUCAAUCCUCCCUCUGCUCGAACCGGCUUUCCUCUGAGUUUUCCAACAUUCCAGUCUUCUUCCUUCUGUUUCUCUUCUUGGGAUGGGUGUUGGAUCUUCAUCUUUGCAUGGAGCACGAUAUGGUGCUUCGAUUGUGCCGUCUAAACCCGCUCUGGGGGAUUUACCCGAGGAUUGUGUCGCUUGGAUCCUCCAAUAUAUGGAUCCUCCCCAGAUUUGUAAACUCGCCAGCUUGAAUCGGGCUUUUCACGGCGCUUCCUUGGCCGAUUUUGUGUGGGAAUCCAAGUUGCCCUCCAAUUUUGAUGUUCUUGUUAAGAAAAUCUUUGGUGAUCUUCCUACCAAUUUGGGAAAGAGAGGAAUUUAUGCAAAGCUGUGCCAGCUUAAUACUUUUGAUGACGGCAAUAAGAAAGUUUGGCUGGAUAAAAACACGGGUAAACUUUCUUUGGCUAUAUCGUCAAAGGGACUGUCAAUAACCGGGAUUGAUGAUCGAAGAUAUUGGAAUCAUAUUCAAACGGAAGAAUCUAGAUUCAAUACAGUAGCAUAUCUACAGCAAAUUUGGUGGUUUGAAGUUGAUGGGGAAGUUGAUUUCCCAUUCCCAGAAGGGACAUACAGCCUCUAUUUCAGAACACAUCUUGGUCGACCCUCCAGGAGAUUUGGACGACGUGUAUGCAAUAAUGAGAAUGUUCAUGGGUGGAACAUUAAGCCCGUACGAUUACAGCUAUGGAGUUCAGAUGGGCAGUACUCUGCCUCUCAGUGUUUUCUGGAAGGACCUGGCAAAUGGAGUUAUUACCAUGCAGGCGAUUUUGUGGUUGGCAAUGGCGCCAACACAUCAACCAAAAUCAAGUUCUCGCUCACUCAAAUCGAUUGCACUCAUACCAAAGGUGGUCUCUGUUUAGAUUCUGUGAUUAUAUGCCCAACUGAGUUCAGAAAGCUUCAACCAUUUUUGAACUCAAAUUCCUCUUAAUGUCUGUGUAGGGAAGGAAUCAAAAUGUAUAAUCUGUGUUAUAUGUCAUAGGUUGGGGGGCGCUGUGUAGAUAGAUCGAGAGAAUCGAGUUUUUUGUGGUUCUGAGGCUAGAGGAUAGCAUGAGGCAGUGUAUAUAUGUAUAUAUUUUUCUCUGAGAUGUUUAUUAAUGUUGCUCAUGUUUUUUUUUUUUUGGGUAUUGUAACGAGGAAUUGUUCCAAUGAAUUACUUAUUCACCAUUUUGAUCGGAUUAUGCUACUGUUA